UCAUGGUUCAACGUGGGUCAAUUUUUUGUGAAUGAGGAGGGGAGGUUGUGGGGCCGCCGCCGCGGAGCAUCGUCCCCGCCGCCGCCCGCGCCCGAGCCCGCGCGCCCGCCCGCCCGCCCGCGCCGCCGCCUCAGCAGCCUGGGCCCGGCGCGCCGCGGCCGCGUCCCCGCUGUCGCCGCCGCCCGAGCUCCCGCCCGCCCGCCGCCGGCGGUGGUGGUGGCGGCGCAGGCUGAGGAGAUGCGGCUCGGAGCGCCCGCGCGGGGCUAGAGCGCCCGCCCCGCCGCCGCGGUCACCCCCUGAGAGCCCACAGAAGAGCCCUGCCUGCCUCGUGGAUGACUCGGCCUGUGAGACGUGGUCAGCACGACGGGGAGUUUUCGCGGCUGUGCGCCAACACUCGCUGCGGCUCUACUUGUAUGUGUCCGUGCAACGUGGGGGCUCUUUGGAGCUGUCGUUUAUGUGGAAGUUGUGAGCUGUUUUGAACUGCUUGAAGGAGUAGACGCUAGCAAUGAGCUCCCAAAGCCGUCCAGAUGGACUUUCUGGCCGAGACCAGCCCGUGGAGCUGCUGAAUCCCGCCCGUGUGAACCACAUGCCCAGCACGGUGGACGUGGCCUCCGCGCUGCCUCUGCAGGUCGCUCCCCCGGCGGUGCCCAUGGACCUCCGCCUGGACCACCAGUUUGCGCUGCCCGUGGCAGAGCCCACCCUCCGGGAGCAGCAGCUGCAGCAGGAACUGCUGGCCCUGAAGCAGAAGCAGCAGCUGCAGAGGCAGAUCCUCAUCGCCGAGUUCCAGCGGCAGCACGAGCAGCUCUCCCGGCAGCACGAGGCCCAGCUGCACGAGCACAUCAAACAACAGCAGGAGCUGCUGGCCGUGAAGCAUCAGCAGGAGCUGCUGGAGCAUCAGCGGAAGCUGGAGCGGCACCGCCAGGAGCAGGAGCUGGAGAAGCAGCACCGCGAGCAGAAGCUGCAGCAGCUCAAGAACAAGGAGAAAGGCAAAGAGAGUGCGGUGGCCAGCACAGAGGUGAAGAUGAAGCUGCAGGAGUUUGUCCUCAAUAAGAAGAAGGCUCUGGCCCACCGGAACCUGAACCACUGCAUCUCCAGCGACCCCCGCUACUGGUACGGGAAAACACAGCACAGUUCGCUUGACCAGAGCUCCCCACCCCAGAGUGGGGUGUCGGCCUCCUACAACCACCCGGUCCUGGGAAUGUACGACAGCAAAGAUGACUUCCCGCUCCGAAAAACAGCUUCUGAACCCAAUUUGAAAUUACGGUCCAGGCUAAAGCAGAAGGUGGCAGAGCGACGGAGCAGCCCCCUGCUGCGCAGAAAAGACGGGCCAGUGGUUACAGCUCUGAAGAAGCGCCCACUGGAUGUCACGGACUCGGCGUGCAGCAGCGCCCCCGGCUCUGCGCCCAGCUCCCCCAACAACAGCUCCGGGAACGUCAGCACGGAGAACGGGAUCGCACCCGCCGUCGCCAGCAUCCCGGCCGAGAGCGGCUUGGCACACAGACUCGUGACUCGAGAAGGCUCCGUGGCCCCACUCCCCCUCUACACGUCACCAUCCUUGCCCAACAUCACUCUGGGACUGCCUGCCACCGGCCCGUCCGCUGGGGCGGCCGGCCAGCAGGAAGCCGAGCGACUUGCUCUCCCAGCCCUCCAGCAGCGGAUCUCCCUCUUCCCCGGCACCCACCUCACCCCCUACCUGAGCACGGCACCCCUGGAGCGCGACGGCGGGGCCACACACAACCCCCUCCUACAACACAUGGUCCUGCUGGAGCAGCCACCCACGCAGACGCCCCUCGUCACAGGCCUGGGCGCGCUGCCCCUGCACGCACAGCCGCUGGUGGGUACAGAGCGCGUGUCCCCGUCUGUGCACAAGCUGCGGCAGCACCGCCCGCUGGGGCGCACGCAGUCGGCCCCACUGCCCCAGAACGCGCCAGCCCUGCAGCACCUGGUGAUCCAGCAGCAGCACCAGCAGUUCCUGGAGAAGCACAAGCAGCACUUCCAGCAGCAGCUGCACAUGAACAAGAUGAUCCCCAAACAGAGCGAGCCAGCUCGGCAGCCCGAGAGCCACCCCGAGGAGACCGAGGAGGAGCUUCGUGAGCACCAGGCCCUCCUGGAGGAGCCCUACCUGGACCGGCUGUCAGGGCAAAAGGAGCCGCACGCACUGGCUGGGGUGCAGGUGAAGCAGGAGCCCAUCGAGAGUGACGAGGAGGAGGCAGAGCCCCCGCGGGACUCGGAGUCUGGCCAGCGCCAGCCCACGGAGCAGGAGCUGCUCUUCAGACAGCAAGCCCUCCUCCUGGAGCAGCAGCGGAUCCACCAGCUGAGGAACUACCAGGCAUCCAUGGAGGCCGCGGGCAUCCCCGUGUCCUUCGGUGGCCACCGGCCUCUGUCCCGGGCGCAGUCCUCCCCAGCAUCGGCCACCUUCCCCAUGUCUGUGCAGGAGCCCCCCGCCAAACCAAGGUUCACCACAGGCCUCGUGUACGACACGCUGAUGCUGAAGCACCAGUGUGCAUGCGGGAGCACCACCAGCCACCCUGAACACGCUGGGAGGAUCCAGAGCAUCUGGUCUCGGCUGCAGGAGACUGGCCUCCGGGGCAAAUGUGAGUGCAUCCGCGGACGGAAGGCCACGCUGGAGGAGCUGCAGACGGUGCACUCGGAGACGCAUGCUCUGCUCUACGGCACGAACCCCCUCAACAGGCAGAAACUGGACAGUAAGAAACUUCUAGGCUCGCUAACGUCCGUGUUCGUCAGGCUGCCCUGCGGUGGUGUUGGGGUUGACAGUGACACGAUAUGGAACGAGGUGCACUCGUCGGGGGCCGCCCGGCUGGCCGUGGGCUGCGUGCUUGAGCUGGUCUUCAAGGUGGCCACGGGGGAGCUGAAGAAUGGCUUUGCCGUGGUCCGUCCUCCAGGACAUCAUGCGGAGGAGAGCACACCCAUGGGCUUCUGCUAUUUUAACUCUGUGGCCAUCGCAGCUAAGCUUCUCCAGCAGCGGCUGGACGUGAGCAAGACCCUCAUAGUGGACUGGGAUGUGCACCACGGGAACGGGACCCAGCAGGCCUUCUACAGCGACCCGAACGUCCUGUAUAUCUCCCUCCACCGCUAUGACGACGGGAAUUUCUUUCCAGGCAGCGGGGCUCCAGACGAGGUGGGCACGGGGCCAGGCGUGGGCUUCAAUGUCAACAUGGCUUUCACUGGUGGCCUUGACCCCCCCAUGGGAGAUGCAGAGUACUUGGCGGCCUUCAGGACCGUGGUCAUGCCCAUCGCGAACGAGUUUGCCCCAGAUGUGGUGCUCGUGUCAUCAGGCUUCGACGCUGUGGAGGGCCACCCCACACCCCUUGGUGGCUACAACCUGUCCGCCAAAUGUUUUGGGUACCUGACGAAGCAGCUGAUGGGCUUGGCGGGCGGCCGGAUCGUUCUGGCGCUGGAGGGGGGCCACGACCUCACGGCCAUCUGCGACGCCUCAGAAGCAUGUGUUUCUGCUUUGCUGGGCAACGAGCUUGAUCCUCUCCCAGAGAAGGUCUUACAGCAGAGACCCAACGCUAAUGCGGUCCGGUCCAUGGAGAAAGUCAUUGAAAUCCACAGCCAGUACUGGCGCUCCCUGCCGCGCCUCUGCUCCACGGUGGGCCACUCUCUGGUAGAGGCCCAGAAGUGCGAGAACGAGGAAGCAGAGACCGUCACCGCCAUGGCCUCGCUGUCCGUGGGUGUGAAGCCCGCUGAGAAGAGACCCGACGAGGAGCCCAUGGAAGAGGAGCCGCCCCUGUAGCCUCCUGUGGAGCUGCGGGCCUCUUGUUUGUCUGUCCCCGUCUGGAAGCUCCGCCGAGAAAGCUCCUGUUUCUGUGCGGCCUGCCCGCGCCCUCUGCCCAAGGCUGGAGCAGCGGCGGGAGGCCCCCGGGGGCUCCCCAGCGGGCGGCCCUGCACGGCCCCGGGACCCCUGCGACGCCGGGCUCUCGGCUAUCCUGACGGAGGCCGCGGAGGAAGGAAGCCUGUGGCGGCUCGCGGCAGAGCUGCCCACUUCGUGGCCAUGAGGGAAGGAAAACGAAAAUCAAAGAUCUAAUAAUACAAAACAGACUCGAUGAAAACUGGUGCUUACCGUUGAUUAUUACCCACAAUUCCACAGUCUCUGUGUAAACCACUCAACGCAUCCUGUAGCUUCUUUUUUUGUUCGAGGGAACGUUUUCUGGGGCUCCAGCCGCGUCCGGGAGCCACAGCGGCGCGCAGGGGGGGGUCUGCGACAGCGGUGGGGUGGGGGGAGGGGGGACAGGCGGACAUGCGUGCCAGGGCCACGCCGGACACACGCAGACGAGGGAGCCUGUGGGAACCGGCUCGGGUAUCCCCGAGCCAUCGGAAGAUGCGAGUUUGUGCCUUUUUUUUAUUGCUCUGAUGGAUUUUUGUGGCUGGGUUUUCUGACGUCUGAGGAACAAUGCCUUAAGAAAAAAUAAACAGCAGGAAUUGGGGGGACAGUUUCCUGUGGCUGCGUGCUGGCCCGGAGCAGGGAUGGGGGGCUUCAGGGCCGCGGGCCUGCAGGCCCGGUUUGCUUUAGUGCUGUUUAAGAGAAAGGGAGGUCGUUCCAGCAAAGUGGCAAAUACUGUUGGGGGUUUUGAAGUCCAACAAAUUUUAAAUGAAUCCAAAGUGUUCUCUUCUCGUACAUCAUAUAACAAACAAUUGAGCAUCUCCAUUUGGUUGUGAAGCAUGUCCUAGCACACUUCCAGUGUUAUGAUCGGAAUGCUUUUUAUGAAAAGCAAGUAGCAUGAAGUAUUGCUUAAAUUUUAGGUAUAAAUAAAUAUAUAUAUGUAUAAUAUAUAUUCCAAUGUAUUCCAAGCUAAGAAACUUGAUUCUUAUGAAAUCUUGAUAAAAUAUUUAUAAUGCAUUUAUAGAAAAAGUAUAUAUAUAUAAUAAAUGCAGAUCAUAAAGGUCCCUGGCGAAUGAAUGACUUGUGAAUUAGACAUCAAGGUGCUUAUGGAAAGGGAUCUCGUUUGAAACUCACGUAUUUUUGAACCCCAGCCUGGACAACUUUCAGAUCGCCAACACGUUCGCCACUGGGCAACUAGCCGGCCGGUGUGUGCUCUCCUUCCGCUCUCUUCGGACAGGACCCCUCCCGUUCCGAACCUCCGUGCACAUAUGUACCUAAUGAGUUUUUAUAGCAAAGAAUAUAAAUUUGCUGUUGAUUUUUGUAUGAAUUUUUCACAGAGAGAUCCUGAAUAAGCAUUGUUUUGUGAAUUUUACAUUUUUUCUCACCAUUUAGCAAUUUCCUGAAUGGUAACAAUGUCUAAACUUUAUUUCUUUCUUUCUAAAUCCUUGCUUGUACAUUUUUUUUAACUUUUUAAAGGUUUUUUUUUUCUUUUUAUUAUUUUCAUCUUUGUUUAUUUUUGUACAGUGAGCAGUGUUGUGCAGCAGCCGUUUUCAAAAAGCGAGCUCAAGGGAGUCAGGGGACAUACGGUCUCCACGGUGACGCCAGCGGGGGCAUCCAUCCCGGCUCUGUCACCAUGACUGCAUCCAGACCAGGGGCUCCUCUUCCCUCCACAUCGGUCAUAUUACAAGGGGUGCUGUGUCCUCCCCUCCACCAUGCUGUGGGUAGGGUCGCUCGCCAGACACCACGGGCCAUCAGCACUUGUGAAACUCCCGUUUCAACUUCUCUGACCACGUUGUCAGGACAGCAUUUUGAAUUCAGUUUUCCAAAGACCUUUUCAAGCAUGUCAGCAAUGCAUGGGGCCCGUGCGAGGCCCACACCUGUGAGGGGUUGUCGCUGCUGUAGCCACACGGCCGGGGUCCUGGCUGGAAGCAGCAGGCCCCAGGUUUUGAAGCCUGUGGCUGCAGGGAGGCGAGGGGCCCUUGCUGUCUGGCGAGCCUGCAGGGACAGCACAGAGUCCCGAUCGGGACCGCCCCUCUCUGCGCUUUCUCUCAUUGACAGUAACUGACCGUCACUUUUUACUGGUAACUUAGUUUCCAGCACUUGAAGCCACCAGUUUCAUUCCAAAGCAUGUUCCGAGUUUGGGCACAGCACUCCCAUGGGAGGGAACCCCAUGCCACGUUUCUGAGUCUGGUUGCAUUCACAGGGUAGCUUCUGAAGGAGACACUGAUGCAGCCGGACUUCUGGCCAAACAAGUCCAAAUACUUGGGUUGGCUUGGUCAUUGGGAUACUGGUGGUCAGAUCCAGACAGCGGUCCCAGAGCAGGACCGAAGGGUCUGGGGGCCCCAUGUGGCUUUUUCCUCCCGCGGGCCUAGCUCGGCUCCGAUGCCCACCCUGGCAGGAGGCCCCAGUGUCUGGGAGCCAACUCGGCCAGCUCCACAUGGCCCACAGGACCCCUGCCACCUGCUGGCCGUAACUUUUAGGGAGAAAGAGGUCAUCUCACGCUUUUUACGGGUGGCGGGGUGAGUCGGCUGUCCAUGGUGGGCUCACUCCCGGUCUCUGUCAGAGAGGCCAGGCCGGGGCGCCGGCUGCGUUUGCCACGGCACUCCAGCGCCACAGACGCGCUUCAAGCAUUACCGUGUAGCCUUUUCUUUUCUUUGAAGACACACUCAGCCCUUCCCCACAGCGGCCAGACGGCGCAGGGCCUACCCCAGUGUCUGCGGGACCCCGCGUCAGGGAGGGCGCCUCACCCCUCCCCUCUCCGGCCCUUGCACCUUUAGCCUUUUUCUUCCUUUGCAAAGGCCUCGGGGGCACCGGCCAGGGGUCAGCGAGCGAGCACUUUAUGUCCCUUCGCGGGAAACCCCACAACGCUGCCGGGACGCGCGGCGCCCGCCCUUUCGGCUCCUGCCGCGCCACGACGUGCCCGAGCCCCACCAGCAGGCGGCCGCCAGCCCCUCGGCUCCCAAGGGCCACUUUGUCAGAGUGUUUCAGUUUUUCUCUACUUCUUUUAAGAGACUGUUUCCAGAGGAAGGACCGUCGGGCGUUGCUCGGACACAAACGCGGCACCCGCGGCGGAGUUCAUGGGUUUUACUUUUUGAUCAGAACAUUCCUUCUUUACUGGUCACAGCCAUGUGCUCAUUCCAUUCUUUUUGUAGACUUUUGGGCCCACGUGUUUUACGGGCAUUGAUACAUAUAUAAAUAUAUAUAUAAACAUAUAUGAAUCUAUUUUUUUAAGUUCCUACAGCUGGAGGUUGCAUGGGCUGUAUGACCGGCAUGUCUUUAUACUGAACACAGAUUUUGCACGCCAAACUCGGCAGCUUUGGGGAAGAAGAAGAAAAAAAAUGCCUUUUUUGUUCCCCUCUCACGACAUUUGCAGAUACAAAAGAUGGAAAUUUUUCUGUAAAACCACACGAAACCUUGAAGGAGAGUUGGGGCUGGUUGGGGUGGGGAACGUUUGCGUCUUACUGAACUUAUUCUUAAGAAAUUGUACUUUUUAUUGUAAGAAAACUAAAAAGGACUACUUACACAUUUGUCAUAUUAAGAAGAAAAGUUUAUCUAGCACUUGUGACAUACCAAUAAUAGAGUUUAUUGUAUUUAUGUGGAAACAGUGUUGUAGGGAAACGACACAGAAUUCAGAGUGAACUGCCCGUCUCUCUUCAGCUGACUUGGGAGGCAUUUGUUCUCUGUUUUGUUUGCUUCCUUUGAUCUUGCACAGGGCCCGGCCACCGGACCCUGACGGAUGACCGGCCGGGCCGUGGCCCGAGAGCACCCCUUUCCACGCAGCUGUAUUGACUUCUCGUUACUUUCCGGGGACGCGUGGCUAAGAUCUCACUUCCAGCCACGCGGCCGGGACCUGGGGGCGCGCCCGGAGGAGGCCGCUCCUUCCCCAUGCGGCUCACGGCGCCCAGCGGGGUGAAGAGUCUCCAAGUGGAAGAGGGAGAAGGCGGACAACUUGUGUUUGUUUGGGUUUCCGGUGUGUGUGCGCCCUCGCGGAGGCGCCGUUUCCCAGUUUAUGAGAUCUUCAUCGAACAUACAGAAGGGGGCAGACCCUGUUCACCCAAGAGCUUCUCGCAGACCGGCCGCCACGCUGUGUCCCCAGGGCGCCUGUGCGAGCUCCGCAUGGGGUCCGCCGCGCGGCCGGCCUCUUGUUUCUCCUGUAACGUAAUCCGUUCUCUCGGAUCGUCUGGACCUUCCAGCGGUUCUUUCUUUUGCUCAGUGGAGUUGGAGAUUUUGUUCUCGGUUUUCUCAUUCUCAUUUUGUUGUGUGUGGGCGGGGUUUUCCCGACGACGGUGUCCUUCUCGACGGCCGACUCCAUUCCACUUUCCCCGGAGUCCAGCGUUUUGUACCUCAUCAGACAGCUUGUUGCUCUUGUGGUGUAAAUAAAACAGCAUCUCUGGUUUA